CACGUGCUACAGGUACACAUGGGGAUCCAGGAAGUGUAAUUCCGGCACGUUUGGAAUAUUGGAGCUGUAGAGGAGGUGUUUUUAACCAAACCAAGCUGCUGGGAGGUCAAGAGGUGACAUGCCUCUGUAACGCGUCGUUGGAAACAAAUGUUGCCAUGCCUCCGGGGAAGGUGCGACAUGGUUUCUCAGUCCCAGCGGCGGUCCCAGUACUGUCGCUGCUGCUAGCUGCCAGCUGGCCCUCCUAUGGCCUGGCCUGGGUCUCUGACCCCUCCUCCACCCCCUCUUCCCCUUACCCCACCUUCACUCGCACAGACGCCCUCUUCGAGCACCUGGCCCUGCACCCAGACCCUGCAGUCGGGCGCAUCUACGUGGGGGCGCGGGACCACCUCUUCCAGCUGGACCGCAAUCUGACCGCCGAGCUCCAGGACAACACAGGGCCCGUGACGGACAGCCGCGAGUGCCUGCCCCCCGUCACCGAGAGCAACUGCCCGCAAGCGCGGCGCACCAGCAACCACAACAAACUCCUGCUGGUGGACCCCUACGCCAUGGAACUGAUCACUUGCGGCAGCGUUAACCAGGGCAUCUGCCAGAAGCGGAGUCUGGACUCGGUGGGUACGGUGCUGUUCUCGGCCGAGCGGCCCGUGGACACGCAGUACGUGGCGGCCAACCACCCCAAUGUGAGCACGGUGGGCCUGGUGGUGCGCUCCCGCCCCGACCGCCAGCCCGUGCUCUUUGUGGGCCGUGGCUACACCAGCAGCCACCCACCCAUCUCCACACGCAACCUGGCCCAGGAGCCCGUCUUCUCCUACGAAGAAACGGCGAAGCUAGCAGUGGCGGGUCGCCUCUCGGAGUACGACCACCACUUCGUGGCGUCCUUCGCCCACCGCCAGCACGUUUACUUCCUGUUCUACCGCCGCGACAUUAAGUCUCAGUCUCGCGAGUACCGCACCUACGUGUCACGCGUGUGCCUGGACGACCAGGCCUACUACUCGUACGUGGAAGUGCCCCUGGCCUGUCGCUCGGCGGCCGGGAAGAGCUACAACUUGCUCCAGGCUGUCCGCCUUGGUCUACCACCCAAACAGAAUGGGGGCGAUGCUGGUCAGGCAGAGGUGCUCCUGGGGGUGUUCUCCACCCGGCAGGCCUCGUCCACGCGACCCAGCGAGGACUCUGCUCUUUGCAUGUUCAAUCUUGACGAUUUGGACCAGAGGAUCAACUCCACCAGGGACCUGUGUUACACACAGUUCGGCCGGGACGAGGGAGGGGGGGAGGCGGCCUACAUCGAGUACGAAGUCAAAUCCAACUGCGCCAACCUGCCGUCGAAUACCCUUGACGCCUACCCCUGUGGUUCGGACCACACCCCCAGUCCAAUGGCCAGCCGGGUGCCGGUGGAAACCGAGCCCAUAUUGGACAGCCCGUCCGCCCGUCUCACCGCAGUGGCUGUCAGCGUGAGGGUGGGACAUACCAUCGCCUUCCUGGGGGACUCCAAGGGGAACCUGCGCAAGGUGUUCCUGGGCCCUAAUGGUGAGGUGGAGGAGUAUGCCGUCGUCUCCAUCCAGGCCAACGCAGCCAUCAGCUCUGACCUGGUCCUGGAUCAGUCAGAGGAACAUCUCUUCAUCAUGACCUCCACCAUGCUGCAGAAGAGGCCAGUGGCAGAGUGCCACGAACACCUGGACUGCCAGGCCUGUUUGUUGGCCCACGACCCCUACUGUGGCUGGUGUGUCCUGGAGGGGAGGUGUGGCCAGCAGUCUCAGUGUUCACACAGGGCUCAGGUGGGCCAGUGGCUGUGGAGCUUCGACAUGGAGCAGCAGUGCCUCACCAUCCAGUCCCUCAGCCCCUCCAACAUCAGCCGCGAGGAGAAGAGACGUAUUGCUCUAUCAGUCCCGGGCCUGCCCAUCCUAGAAGAGGACAACUCGUAUGCCUGUUACUUCCAUGACACUGAGAGUCCUGCCACCGUCACCGACACGGGCGUCACCUGCCUCUCCCCCGACCCCCACAGGGUGCCAGCUGUGCCCCCUGGACAAGAGUUUGUCACGGUCACCCUGUCCCUGCGCUUCGGUGAUGUCGUCGUCACGGCAACAGAGUUCACCUUCUACGACUGUACCGCCGUCAAGCAGCUGUCUGGGAGCGUGCCUUGCCGUGGUUGCGUGUUGAGUCGCUGGGGCUGCAACUGGUGUGUCCACCAGCACACCUGUACCCACAAGCCCACCUGUGACAAGGGGGUCAUCAUCUACAACGAACACUUUAAACUCCCCACCCUGGCUCCUCCCACUACUAAAGCCGUAACUAUAACAACGACUUCCCCAUCCACAACUGUGGCCCCCACAACAGCAACUGCGCCCCCAACAACUACAACAGCAACCGCACCCCCAACAACGACAACUACCACAAUUACAACAACUAUCGCCACGACUACAACAACCGAAGCCCCAACCACCAUAGCUACCACGGAGGAGCCUCCGACAACAACCCUGCCUACAACCGUCCCCACAACCACCACCCCAGAGCCGACUACACCGCCCACCACGGCUAUGUCGACGGAGGCCCCCACCACUAUUCCCCCUACAACGUUAGUCGAGGCUACAACGCCCAAGCCUGAGACCACCACCAGUGAGAAAGAGGAGCAAACAACCACAGGAGAGCUCUUUGCAGAGGCUGAAAGUGAAAAUGAAGGCCCUGUGGUUACCCCUGGUGACAUGGAGCUCGCUGCGGAAACCGAGGUGGCGACAGUUAUGACCGAAGACGAGCAGCCGUCCGAUGAUCUCGCCACCCAACCCCUGGCAUUCCCCCCCGAGACAUCCCCAUUGGAAGUGGUCACCGCGUCCCCCCCUCAGGAACUGGACGAGGCUUUGACUCUGGCCAAGCCCCCCAUGGAGGUCCAGCCCACCACUGGCAGCUACCCCUUCCCGACCCCCUUCCCCCUGUGGGAACCGGCCAACUCGGAGCCCACCUUCCACCUAGACCUGACGGGAGCCCACUUCCCUCCCCCACUAGAGCCCCUCCCCCCCACUGAGGAGGAGGGCCAGGGAGCCGAGCCGGACGUGUUCCUCUGGCCCAUGGAGGAAGUGGAGGAGGAGACGGAGGGCAAAGCGGCGGAGAACGACACCAGCGUCGCGUUUUCGGCCACCACCGUGCUUUCAGGGGACGGAGAGGCAACUGAGCACUCCCCUUCGGCCUCUGCCUACCCCCGGCUCCUUGACGCCGACUCAGAGCUGGACUACCAGUACGACUCGGCCGACAUCUUCCUGCCGGGGGACGAGGGGUCCUAUGUGAGUUGGGGCUCGUCUGCUUGCCCCUGUGUGGAGAAGGUCAAGGAUUCGCCUCUGUUGCCAGUCAGAGUGGAGAGGAAGAUCACGCUACUCGCCCGAAACCUCCACCUGUACCAGGACAGAGACCUGGACUACGAGUGUGUGUUGGUGAUCGAGGGCCGUACGGUGGUGGUGGAUGCCUAUGUGGAGAUGGACGAGAUGAACCUGUCUCUCUUUGACAUCACCUGCCAGCUGCACCAGUAUUCCUACUCUGCCCCGGCGGAAGAGUACAACGCCAUGGUGUACGUGAAGAGGCGGGACACCUUCCACGUGGACAGCGCUCACGACCUGUAUGUGACUCUGUACAACUGUUCAGUGGGGCGUUCAGACUGUAGCCGGUGUCACACGGCGGACCAGAAGUACGGCUGUGUGUGGUGCGGAGGGGGCCAGUCCACCUGUCUCUACGGAGACUCCUGCAGCGAGCCUAUCGAACAGACCUGCCCCGCCCCCGUCAUUCAUGCCAUCGAGCCCCUGUCAGGUCUGGUGGAGGGGGGAACGGUGGUGACCAUCUCAGGGUCCAACCUGGGCCAGAAGGCUGAGGACAUUCUCCACUCUGUCAGUGUGGCCGGGGUUUCUUGCUCUGUCAUCCCCCACCUCUAUGAGGUCUCCUCCAGGAUCGUGUGUAAGACUGAAGCCAGCGGGGGAGAGAAGAUGGGCCAGGUGUCAGUAGAAGUGAGUGGGGGAGAGUUUGGCCUCUCCAGCCAGAGGUUCAGUUACCAGGACCCCUUUGUGAUGGAGGUGUCCCCCCAGAGGGGUCCCAUGGCGGGAGGAUCAUCCCUUACCAUCACUGGGAGGAACCUGCUCACGGGACGCCCCUCUGACAUCACUGUCACUGUGGGAGGAGUGCCCUGUGUCAUUUCGUCGGAGGUCCAGGAGGGCAGUGUGGUGUGUGUGACGGGCAGCAGCAAUGGGACGGGAGAGCACCGCGUGACGCUUCGCUAUGGCGACAGCCAGCGCCACCUCCACGAGUCGGCCUACCGCUACACCCCCAACCCCAACAUCACCCAGGCCGCCCCCGCCAAGAGCUUCCUCAGCGGUGGUCGUCUGGUCUUCGUGUCUGGUCAUAACCUGGAUGUGGUGCAGGAACCUAGGAUGUUGGUGACCCUGUCCCCCUAUGAGUCCAUCGGCCAGAGGAAGAGAAGGAGGAGGAUGAGUGGAGGCGAAAGGGAGGAAGAGACUGAGGACAAGGUGCUGCUGUUGAGGCAUCGCAGGAUCGUCCCGGAGCCCCGUUGCCCCGGCGACCCCCUAUGCUCCAUCAAACAGUACAUAGAGCGCUGCGAGGUGAACUCCUCCAGUCUGAUCCUGUGUCGGAGCCCGGCGGUGGGGCCCUCGGUGUGGGGCUCGCGGGUUGAUGUGGCCUUCCUCCUGGACAACCUGCGCUUCCCGUUCGGUGCCGUCAGCCCCCAGGGGGCCUUCAGCUACGAGCCCAACCCUGUGCUGCACCCACUCAACCAGCAGGAGCCACUCAAGCCCUACCGCUACAACCCAGGAAGCUUCAUUCAGCUGGAGGGUGAGAACUUGGACCUGGCCAUCUCUAAGGAGGAGGUGGUGGUACUGGUGGGGGAGGGUGUGUGUGCUGUGAAGACCCUCACCAGGAACCACCUGUACUGCGAGCCCCCGCCCCAGCAGCCCGUCCCGGGACCCCCCAACGGCGGCAGGAAGCGCGAGGGCGCCGACACGCUGCCCGAGUUCACUGUCCACAUGGGCAACCUGAACUUCUCCCUGGGCAGGGUGCAGUAUGACACCCUCAGUCUGUCCACCUUCCCCCUCGAGGCCCAGAUAGGGGUGGGCGUGGGGGCCUCCAUUGUAGCCCUCAUCGUCCUCAUCAUAGUCCUCAUCUACAGGAGGAAGAGUAAGCAGGCUCUGAGGGACUACAAGAAAGUACAGAUCCAGUUGGAGAACCUGGAGACCAGCGUGAGAGACCGGUGCAAGAAAGAGUUCACAGACCUGAUGACGGAGAUGAUGGACAUGUCCAGUGACCUGGUGGGCUCAGGCAUUCCCUUCCUGGACUACCGGCGCUACGCCGAGCGGAUUUUCUUCCCGGGCCACCGCGAGUCGCCCCUGCGGAGGGAUCUGGACGUGCAGGAGUGUCGACGGGCCACAGUGGAGCAGGGCCUGGUGCAGCUCUCCAACCUGCUCAACAGCAAACUCUUCCUCACCAAGUUCAUCCAUACUCUGGAGAGCCAGCGGACAUUCUCGCCUCGGGACCGGGCCUACGUGGCAUCUCUCCUGACGGUGGCGCUGCACGGUAAACUGGAGUACUUCACCGACAUCCUCAAGACCCUCCUCAAUGAUCUAGUGGAGCAGUACGUGGCCAAGAACCCAAAACUCAUGCUGCGAAGAACGGAGACAGUGGUGGAGAAGCUUCUGACCAACUGGAUGUCCAUCUGCCUUUACGCUUUCCUCAGGGAUUCUGCAGGUGAGUCCCUGUACAUGUUGUUCAGGGCUAUCAAGCACCAGGUGGACAAGGGGCCGGUGGACGCGGUGACGGGAAAAGCAAAGUACACGCUCAACGACAACCGCCUGCUCCGAGAAGACGUGGAGUACAAGACCCUGACCCUGAAUGUGUUGAUGCAGGGUGGGGGGGUGAACGAGACCCAGCCGCUGCCCUCCAAGGUGCUGGACAUAGACACCAUCACCCAGGUGAAGGAGAAACUCCUGGACCAGGUCUACAAGGGCACCUCUUUCUCCCACCGGCCACACACAGACUCCCUAGACCUGGAGUGGAGGUCCGGUGUAGCUGGUCAUUUGAUCCUGUCUGAUGAAGACCUGACAUCUGUUGUCCAGGGCAACUGGAAGCGCCUCAAUACACUACAACACUACAAGGUUCCAGAUGGUGCGACAGUGGCUUUGGUCCCGCGCCACAGCAAACACAUCCACCACGACAAUCAUGACUAUGUAGCAGGGGAAAAGACACCCAUGCUGGAGGACGCGGACGAGGGCGGGGUGAGGCUGUGGCACCUGGUCAAGGCCAGUGAGGAGCCCGAACUACCCAAGCACCGCCGGGGCAGCGUGAGGGAGAGGGAGAGGGCCAAGGCUAUACCAGAGAUCUACCUCACACGCCUGCUCUCUAUGAAGGGAACUCUGCAGAAGUUUGUAGACGACCUGUUCACUGUGAUCCUGUCUACCAGUCGUCCCGUUCCGCUGGCCGUCAAGUACUUCUUUGACCUGCUGGACGACCAGGCGCAACACCACGCCAUCACUGACCCCGAGACCAUCCACAUCUGGAAGACCAACAGUUUGCCCCUGAGGUUCUGGAUCAACAUUGUGAAGAACCCCCAGUUCAUCUUUGACGUUCAGCCCUCGGACCACGUGGACGCUGUGCUGACGGUCAUCUCCCAGACAUUCAUGGACUCCUGCACCACCGCUGAGCACAAGCUGGGCAGAGAUUCACCAAUCAACAAACUGCUGUAUGCCCGAGACAUCCCCCGUUACAAGCAGAUGGUGGAAAGGUACUACGCUGACAUCAGACAGACCAUCUCUGCCAGUGAUCAGGAGAUGAACUCAGCUCUAGCAGAGCUGUCCAGGAAUUACUCAGGAGAGUUGAAUUACCUUGUCGCCCUGCACGAGUUGUACAAGUACAUCAACAAAUACUAUGACCAGAUCAUCGGGGCCCUAGAGGAGGACAGCAUGGCCCAGAAAAUGCAGCUGGGCUACCGGCUCCAGCAGGUCGCUGCAGCCGUGGAGAACAAAGUCACCGACUUGUGACAGCAGAACCACCGACCGAGACCACGCCGGCCAUGGGGACCACAUUAAGAGACGCACACACUGUGAGGUUACCCACUAGAGUGGGGGAGGGAAACGCAGAGGGAGGAGCAAAAAGCCCCACCCCUUUUCCACAUUAAGGGCCAAUGGGUGACUGGUGUUUACACAUAAACACUCUCCUUUUUUGUGUGUGGGGGGGGGGAUUGGGCUGCUGGACACAUGAAGCCCUCUAGAGAUGGUAGUGGACACAAACCCUUCUCUCACUCUCCACUGUGGAAAAAAGCAGGAGGGAAAGGGAGACAUACAGACCAGGAGCCUUUGUUUGUAUGUCCCACCCGUUCAACCGUCAGCCCUGAGUUGGACCACGUUGUGGCAUCUGCGUCUGUCUCUCUUCUAGAACUCUCUGUGGAAGUAGGAGAAUUGUAAGAAAGGGCUUGGGAGUUCUGGAUGUUAUCCGGACGCUAUCUGGACAUUACGUGACGUGUCAAUGGAAACGUGCUGAAGUCAAAACCCUGUAGUCUCGUAUGAAUGAAUGAAAGAAGUCGCGUUAUAUGUAUCAAAAUGGUGGUUCUAGUGGAAGCUGGAUGGAGAGUGAGUGUGUGAGAGAGAGAUGGAAAGGACUCACCGGUCACCGGUUUCGCUUGAUGGUAUGACGUGAAGCCAUUUCCCAAUGGGAAACACUGGGUGGAUGAAAUGGAAAAGGGUACUUCCCAUGCCUUGUGCUUGUGUCGUUGCAUAAUUAGAGGUUGUAUGUCUGACCAUCUCCCUCUUUAAAUGUACAUGCGUGCAAAGGGUAAACUGUUUUGGUUUACAUGCCCCGCCCACUGACACCAUUGUUUUAUAUAAUUGAGAUGUACAGUACCAGUCAAAAGUUUGGACACACCUACUCAUUCAAAGGGUUUUUCUUUAUUUUCACAAUUUUCUACAUUGUAGAGUAAUAGUGAAGACAUCAAAACUAUGAAAUAACACAUAUGGAAUCAUGUAGUAACCAAAAAAGUGUUAAACAAAUCAAGAAAUUCUGAUUUUAGAUUCUUCAAAGUAGCCACCCAUUGCCUUGAUAAUGCAGCUUUGCGCACCCUUGGCAUUCUCUCAGCCAGCUUAAUGAGGAAUGCUUUUCCUACAGUCUUGAAGGAGUUUGCACAUAUGCUGAGGACUUGUUGGCUGCUUUUCCUUCACUCUGCGGUCCAACUCAUCCCAAACCAUCUCAACUGGGUUGAGGUCGGGUGAUUGUGGAGGCCAGGUGAUCUGAUGCAGCACUCUCCUUGGUCAAAUAGCCCUUAUACAGCCUGGAGGUGUGUUUUGGGUCAUUGUCCUGUUGAAAAACAAAUGAUAGUCCCACGAAGAGCAAACCAGAUGGGAUGGCGUAUUGCUGCCGAAUACUGUGGUAGUAGGACAAUUUACUGUGGUAGCCUGGUUAAGUGUGCCUUGAACUCUAAAUAAAUUACAGACAGUGUCAUCAGCAAAGCACCAUCACCUCAACCAUGCUUCAUGGUGGGAACCACACAUGCAGAGAUAAUCCGUUCACCUUCUCUGUGUCUCACAAAGACACAGUGGCUGUUUUUGGAGUCAUCAGAACAAAGGAUAUAUUUCCACCAGUUUAAUGUCCAUUGCACGUGUUUCUUGGCCUAAGCAAGUCUUCUUCUUAUUGGUGUCCUUUAGUAGUGGUUUCUUUGCAGCAAUUUGACAAUAAAGGCCUGAUUCACGUCGUCUCUGCUGAACAGUUGAUGUUGAUGUGUCUGUUACUUGAACUCUGUGAAGCAUUUAUUUGGGCUGCAAUUUCUGAGGCUGGUAACUCUAAUGAACAUAUCGUCUGCAGCAGAGGUAACUCUGGGUCUUCCUUUCCUGUGGUGGUCCUCAUGUGAGCCAGUUUCAUCAUUCCCCUUGAUGGUUUUGUGACCUGCACUUGAAGAACUUCAAAGUUCUUGAAAUGUUCUGCAUUAACUGACCUUCAUGUCUAAAUAACAUAAUGAUGGACUGUCAUUUCUCUUUGCUUAUUUGAGCUGUUCUUUUCAUAAUAUUGACUUGGCAUUACACCAAAUAGGGUUAUCUUCGUAUACCACCCCUACCCUGUCACAACAACUAAUUGGCUCAAAUCAAAUUUUAUUUGUCACAUAAGCAUGGUUAGCAGAUGUUAAUGAGAGUGUAGCAAAAUGCUUAUGCUUCUAGUUCCGACAGUGCAGUAAUAUCUAACAAUUCCCCAACAACUACCUAAUACACACAAAUCUAAAGGGGUGAAUGAGAAUAUGCACAUGUAAGUAGAUGGAUGAGCGAUGGCCGAGCGGCAUUGGGCAAGGUGCAAUAGAUGGUAUAAAACGCAGUAUAUACAAGUGAUAUGAUUCGUGUAAGACAUGUAAACAUUAUUAAAGUGGCAUUAUUUAGAGUGGCAUUGUGUAAAGUAACUAGUGAUCCAUUUAUUAAAGUGGCCAGUGAAUAGGUGAUGCGUUGUGCAGACCGCACCACUCUCUGGAGGGCCUUGUAGUUGAAGGAGGUGCAGUUGCCAUUCCAGGCUGUGAUACAGCCCGACAGGAUGUUCUUGAUUGUGCAUCUGUAUAAGUUUGUCAGUUUUACAGAUGCACAAUCGAGAGCAUCCUGUCAGGCUGUAUUCAAAUGCAUUAAGAAAGGAAAGAAAUUCCACAAAUUAACUUUCAUCAAGGCACAUCUGUUAAUUUAAAUGCAUUCCAGGUGACUACCUCAUGAAGCUGGUUGAGAGAAUGUCAAGAGUGUGCAAAGCUGUCAGCGAGGCAAAGGGUGGCUACUUUGAAGAAUCUCAAAAGUGAAAUAUUUUGAUUUGUUUAACACUUUUGGUUACUACAUGAUUCCAUAUGUGUUAUUUCAUAGUUUUGAUGUCUUCACUAUUAUUCUACAAUGUAGAAAAUAGUGAAAAGAAAUAAAAACCCUUGAAUGAGUAGGUGUGUCCAAACUUUUGACUGGUACUGUAUAUAUGCUGGGCAUUACUUGUAUAUACCUCCCUUUCUCUUGUGCACAAUUGACAGAAUUCCGGUUGGAUUUCCCCCCAUUCAAGACUAGACAAUUUUUCACAGCAGAGUAAAAAUGUUUUCUUAGCAUUUCAUAAACAUUACUGGGAAACCGACCCUAUACAACGGUAUUAAUUGGUGACGAUGUAGUUUCAAGGGUCUUGAGUCUCAUCAAUGAUCAGCACUCUCUUCCUCCUCUCUUCCUCCUUAAAUACUCAAGCUAUCCUCUUAUCUCAUUGAAACUUUUUUCUCAUUGAAAGCAAAGUUUAAUGUGAUCACUGUUUGUCUGCUCUGGUCAACCAGAUUGUGCUCUCCCCCUGGCUCUCUUUAUGUCAUAACAGUAGCUUUUCCAUAUCCGUCCAAAUCACAAGGUCAAAUUGUGUCUUUCACACACACGCACACAUAGUUCACUCUUGAGACAGCUAUUAUAAAAAAAAAUGUAAUCAGUCUUUUAAAAUCUGUAAUUGUCAUUCCGCUUUUUCAGGUAGCGCCCACGUCCAUACACAUCUGUGCGUUGUUUGUCUUUAUGUUAUAGGAACGGGAGGAAAAUGUUAUUGUAGGAGUUUAAAUGAACAGCUCUGUCCUGACGAGACUGCAGGACUGAAAGAACGGUACUGAAAGCAGAGGCAGUCUUUGAAAAGGUACUGAAAAUAGGUGACCGUGUGAAUGAAUUGUUUACUUCCGACUUUUUGUUGCUUUAACGCUGUUUAUUCUGAUGUUUCUAAAAGGUAACGGUCACUGGAGGGACCCUAGAUCAGAGAUUUAAACAAACAAAUCUCGACUUUUUGAAUUUAAUAUAGUUCAAACGUGUCCCACAGACAGUAUUUUAUGGUGAAUGUUCAUACAACUUCCCAUGUUGUACAUUUUUAACAUUCUUUUUUGGUUUUCAACCAAGAAAAUUCUAUUGAAUCCUGAUUUUUCACUUUGUGCUGUUUGUGAGGUAGACUACUUAUCUGACAUUGGAGACCGCUCAUUGAUAUGUGCAGUUCUUCUCUUGAACACAAGAUGGCAACCGCUCCUAUAUUUGUUGAACUUCUGCUCUAACACAAGUAAACUGCUGUAUUUACUGUACAUGAAGUUUCACAAAACAUUCUUUGUCCAAGUCAUAUUUUCCAAGGUUUGAUUCAAAUAUUAGGAUUAUAAAGCAUUAUUUGCCAUUUCUGAACUUUACCGAUAUGAGUUCUAAUGGUUUCCCCGUGGGCUAUGUUAUUCCUCAUUUGCUCACCUCGACAUUCUCUAUUACACAACAGAUUUAUUUUCUAAAGCUAGGUUGCGUCCCAAAUGGCACCCAUUUAGGGUUAGGAUUAUACGGAUUUGGUCAAAAGUAAUGCGUUAUGUAGGGAAUCCGCUACCAUUUGGGACGUAAUCCCUAGAUUUCUCAUUCUGUCCCACAGAGCUUUAAUAGUUUGUUGAAGUUAGGAUGAAAUCCUUUGGUAAAGCUACGUACCAAGCAACACCGUUAUCACACGAAUUGGAGGUGUUGCAUGAAUGUUAACUACACAUAAACCUAACUGAUUUAUGGAUGAAGUUUGACACCACCUUCUUGGUAGGCUAUAUCUUCAUAUGACAUAGCAAUGAGUCGGCAUAUCAUUUAACUGUAAAAACCCAAUCACGUGUUUUCCUGUUUGGAUAGCCAAUCAUUUCAGAGAGAGGCACCUUUUUUUUAACAGAAGUGCAUGGAGUGUAUCCGUUACAUGCCAUUGUGUAGGUUCUCCAGUUUGAUGCUCUUUCAUGUGCACCACCAUUAUCCCUAGAUUGCACAGUAUAACCGAAUCAUAGUAGCCUAUAGGCUAACAUCACUCGACUUACCACAUGCAAUUAAUGUCUCAUUUGAAUGGACAAUUAGUACUGUCAUAUGCUUUUAAUGUAGACGAGUAUGUAUGACGCCUUGUGAUGGAGAGACCAUGAUGGUGGAGGUCAUUUGAGGGGAAAAAAACUAACUAUUGUUAGGCUGUAUAAAUUCAGCUAUGUAGAGCAGGCUCUGCAAUGAGCAAUUUGUAAGGAUGGUUCUUAUUUUGUCUGUUAAUAUCAUUGUACAUAAUGAUUUUAAUAAUGUAACUUGUAGCGACUUAAUCUGUUUAAUAAGAGAGUGUAAAUUCACACUACCUGGAGGUGUGUUAAUAAAGUAUUUGUAAAAUCA